UAAGAAAUUAAUUUAAAAGUAUGACCCCAAAAAUAUAAUUGAAGAUUAAAAGCUUCAUAAAUUGAAAAUUUCCCUCCACUUUUAAUUCCCGGCUCAAGAACUUCCCGCCCUCCACUUCAUAAAUUGAACGUAAUCUCUGAUUCUUUGUUAAGCUCAACAAUGGCAGCUAAUCUCUACAACACCCACGUCAAACUUUUAGCCUUCGAUUUCCUCUCUCUUUCCCCCAAUCCAAGAGACACGUCGUCUUUCUCUCGUAAAGGCGUGCCCUUGUCACGCGCUGAAACGGUCGGGUAUGUUGUGACCCGUGAUCUCAAAUACGGAAGAUUCCUCAGAUUCACCAUCGACGAUGGAACCGGAUGCAUCGCUUGCGUCCUCUGGCUCAACCAGCUCACCUCUCCUCACUUCUCCAGGCGCGACCCGUCAGAUGUUCGAUCAAUUGCCUCAAUGGCGGAAAAACUUGCUUCUGAGAUUCAGUUGGGCGAUGUUGCCAGGGUGCGUGGUAGGAUCACCGUGUUCAGAGGGACUGUUCAGAUUACAGUUUCUGAUGUCGCUUUCGAGACGGACCCUAAUGCCCAAGUCCUGCACUGGCUCGACUGCGUUAGGCUGUCGAAGAAAUGUUACGAUAAGUUUCCAUCUUAAAUAUAUUUGCUAAUUUCUUGAAUAUAUGUAUGUUGAUUCUUGAAUCUUGACGAUACUGCCGAUGAAUAGACGAUUCUUGUUUCACCAUGUUCGACAAGUUGGAUAAAGCCCAAAAUAAAAUAAAAUAAAUGCAGGGAGUGCAUUUAAAUUGCAUCAGUCACUAUUUCGAUAUUAAAACUCCCAACCGUCUGCAAUGUUUAAUUUUUGUAGUGGUGUAUAUAACUCUCGAGUUGGUGGUCUUCAUUU